AUGGCUGCGGAAGCCUCCUCUCAAGCAGGCCACGUGCAAGAUGUGCACACUGGCAGCGAGGGCAUCAACAACCAAGAGACGUCCGUGACGAUUCAGAGAAUCCAGGAGCUCCUGAAGACCAAGAACGAUACAUCAAGGUUUGUCGGCCUCGCACUUCUAAAGACUGUCCUCGACAACUCACCACAACUACGAGAAGAUGAGGAAGCCAUCACGACACUGUGGCAGAGCGUUUCGCCCAAGUUCCUCGACCGCCUCCUGAGGAGUGGUGCCAGGCAGGGCCCAUCAGCCAAAGAUGCCAAGGACAUGAUUGAUAUAGCAGUUGCUGUCGUCCACAUCUUCUCGGUGCUACUCCCAGAUGCCUCCAAGAAGGACCCAAGUCUUGUGGGCCGGAUACCAGCCCUGGUGUCGGUGAUACUGCAUAGCUCCGAAGACACUACGCAGCUUGUCCUCCAGACUCUUUUGACUCUUGUUAGUCAUCCAGAAGGGGCCAAGGAGUUCGUGGCCAUAGACGAUGUCAGCGCUCUCAUUGAGAUCGCGCCGUCACAGCCUCUUGCACUGGACAUAUUCCUGUAUGCUUACUCGCAAUCUGCUACGUUUGCGGAAGAUGGGGCUUCCAUCAGAUCCAAGGUCGAUAAGACCAUUCAGGGUUUGAUUGCUUCAUUCAAAGGAACGGAUGCUGUCACGCUCCUGGCCUUUCUCGCCGAGCUCCUGCGGAGGCUGGACCCUGAAUGCGUGCCCCGGAACCCAGCUUGGUUGAAGACAGCCACGGGUUUCAUCCGCAAUCUUGUGACUAGCAAACCCACAGCAGCCGGCCGUGCUGCUUACACCAACCUCGCAGCCUCAUUGCUCAAGAUUUGUCCCGCUGAUACAUCUAAGCUGCUCUUCACAGACGAGACAAAGUCAGAAAAGCCGUUCCCAUACCUUCUAGUGAAUUUGAUACUCGUUGACCUCCGCUCAUCCUUCCCAAGCCUUCUGAGUCAACUCAACAGCUCCAACUACGAAAGCACAUCAAAACGACUCGCAUCAGCGUUUGACGUCGUCUCAGCCUUUAUCGGCUUUCUGGUCCGCUUCUUAGAUGACGAGAGCCUAGAAACCCCCAUAUCGUCACUUAUGAUGGCCCCGGACUUCCUCCUGAAACUACGUCAAUCCAUUGCAGAAACCCUCUCCCUCGCCAUCGAGUACCUACGCGACCGGUGGGAUGCUGCAGAAGCAGGCGCCAUGGGUCUGCACCCGGACGCAAGGCUAGAGGCGGCCAACACAACACGGGGCUCACAUUUCACCCUGGCUUGGGACUCGAAGAUCGACAGCGCCAGCCAGGACCCCCUCAUUCUUGCUGCGGUCAGAGCGCUGGCCAUCUGGCUACGCGAGGAUGACAAUGAUAUGCUGAGGAAGGAGGCUGUCGGGCUUACGGAUAUGUUAUUGGACCUCUACAAAUCUAGCGCGGAGGACGGCGCACGUCUCGACUUUAGGCGGCCCGUCCUUGUCGCUCUGGAAGGGACUACUGCCCUCGAGGAUGGCGCCGCUUCGCUGUUGGACAAUAACGGCUGGGAGGUCCUGACGCAAGACCUGCUCACUAUCCUGCGCUCUACAUCGUCUACAACUAGCGAGGAUGAGGCGGCUAGGGGAACAGAGAUAGUGCGAGUGUUGAUUGCCGUGGUCGAGAGGGAGAGCCCCGGCAGCCGCGAGGCGUGGAUGGCAGUUGUCACCGCGGUUGCGGCGUGGGCCGUGCCGGACGCGGACCAGACGCCGGCCGUGUACGAGUUCCAGGUUGCCGUGUUGCAGCUCGUCGCAGCGCUGAUGGAUAACACGCACUCCGGGAUGCAGAGGCGGUAUGUCCACUCGAUCAGUGCUGUGCUGGGGAUCGUGGAACAGCUCAUGGGAAAGAUUGUCAAGAUUCAUGAUGAGGCGUUGGAGGAUAGCCUCAGGGAUGUGGAGACCACUCUGAGUGCACUGAGAUAG